AUGUUCAAGAAAGAUCCACAAAUCAAGGCUCUAAGCAACCUGAAGAACUCAGAGCGCAAGAGGAUUCAGAGCCAGUGCCAAACGCAAACCGGGUUAACCAGCUAUGUGUUCCCCUCCCAGGUGGUCAAACAAACUACGUUCAAGACCCAAUUUACUGCUGGCACUGUGUUCACAGACGAGGCCAACGUUCCCAUAUGGUUUAAAGAGAAGUUCAUCGAUCUGCUGUUCCCCACGGUGUACACAUGCUGGAACUGGCCCGACUUAUUGCCUGUUGUACUGGCUCAUGAGUACGUGGUGGAGGAGAAAGUCGUCAAGGGCGCCAAUCUGAUGCUACCUGGCACAGUGCCGCCUUUCGAUCCCAGAUGUGUCAGGUAUCAGAUGGUAGGAGUAGCCAGCACGCGCUCCCCGAAUAUCGUGAAGGCCGUAGGAAUCGUUCAGCUCGACCUUCCAGCAUACUCGCGCGUCAUUGGCGAAACUGGGGUUGCAGUCGAGAUCGUCCAUGUUUUUGACGACGGUCUAUGCAAAACCUUUAAAGCCAAAGUCGAGCCUCCAGAACCAGGAGUCUCUGUGGAGUCUGACAGUGACGAGCAGGUGUCGGAAUCCGAACUAGACACCGAGGAACAAGUGCAGUCAGAAACGCCGAAAACAGAUCCCACCCCGGGCGCAGAUCUCGCCACAGAUCUUGAAAACGUGGCCGAGCAACUGGCACAGUUACAUACCGAGGACGUGGACCACUUUUUCACGAGAUCGCUGUACUAUACGCUGACUCAAGAUGCCAACUUCAGCGUCCCGGUAACCAGCUCGAAUUUCGUGUCCAACCACAUCUUGCGCAACCUCCCUUCUGUGGACCUUCAGCAGGUCAACAUCAAAAAGACAUCCUGGCGCAAAACUGCUAAGUUUCUCAAGCAUUUUGAAAAAGAGGGCUUCUUGAAACUGAAGGGCAAAGGUGAUGAUUUGGUUGUAGUAGGCGUUGCUACCAAAGCGUCCAAACCAGAGCUCGCCAAUUUUGUUCCCUACCGUGUGGGUGGCAUGGCUGGUGGCAGCCAUUCGGGAGCUAAGCAAUCGCAGGAUCAGCCCCAGCGUCCUAUGAUGACUGCUGUGACACUGUAUAAGCCCAUUAGCAGUGCCAAAGACUUUUUGAGAGCUCUGGACUUGAAAAUAGACCAUCUCUUCACUCAACAAGAACUCAAGACCGGUGUGGACCGCUACAUCGCCGAAAAAAAACUCAUGAGCCCGGACAACAGAGCUGCUGUUCGACUUGAUGACCUGCUAUACACCGCGGUCAACCGUGCUGCCAAGAAAGAGAACGCCGUCCGCACCAUUCCCAGGGCUCAAAUAAUAGCUGCCAUUUUGAAGGGCAACUUUUCAGAGCAUUUCGUCAUCCUCAAGCCAGACGGUUCCCCGCUAUUCAAGAACCCUUUGAAGGGUAGUAUUCCAACCGUAGAGAUUGUCACUGAGAUGAAGAUUGGACGCAAGGUCGUCACUAAGGUCUCUAAUUUCGAGAAAUUCCAAAUCGAUGAACAAGAAUUGGCUGAAAUGCUUCGGAAGAAAUGCAGUGGCUCUACCACUAUUGGGGAGAAGACUACUUCACCUAAGACACUCGAAGUCACCGUACAGGGCCCUCAUGGGCCGGCUGUUAUUGAUCUACUCAACGAUCAAGGCAUCCCCACCAAGUGGAUCAAUUUUGUCAAUAAGUUGAAAAAGACUAAAAAGAGAAGCUAG